AUGAAAUUAAAUACACUGAUUUUAUUAUCAGUUAUUUUAGGAACUACUACUUUUCAAGAAGCUAAUUCCGCCCCUGUAGCUGAAGAUGAAUGUAUAAAUUAUCAUUACAUUAAAUACUACAACAAAUACGACGACGAUUAUCAUUACGAUAAAAAAUUCAAGCAUCGUGCCUACGAUUAUAAGCAUCGCUAUAAAUACAAGCGCGAGGCUUUGCCUUCUACAUACUAUAAACAUUACUAUCAUGUUCAUACAUCUAAUGUAGAG